UAGGCUAUAAUAUUAUAUUUAUAAUAUUAAAUAAUCAUAAAUAACAUUAAUAAUUAUAAUUUAAAAUAUUAUACAAUGUAUAAUAUGUAUAUAAUAGAAUUAGAAUUCGGCAUAUAGGUACUAUGCACAAUGCACACACUGAUAAAAUUUCUGGCAGUGCAUAUGCAGAUCCUGGUUUAGGUGCAGUGCAUACGUAUACUAAUCGAAACUGUAUGAACUUGGAAAUAGUAAAACUUUUUAAUUUGCACUUAAAAAUAUUUAAACAUACAACGUUAUGAGUAAUAGGUACAUAUAUAGUGUACAGUUUUAUAGUAAAGUCGAUGUAAUAGAAAUCCCAACACUUAUAACACUGAAUUAAUAUGUUAAGAUAAAAUAUUCGAAUUAAAAUAUCGACCUCCUUUCUAUGAAUCGCUAAUUACUAUUGACUUGAUAACAUAAGUACUUAUUAUAUUGUCAGCCGUGAAUUUUAUUAUUUACACAAAGUUAAGGUCGGCGAGACAAGUUGAGAAAUUGCCUAAAUUUUCCCCCUUAAAUAUUAACUACCAAGAGUCGCCCUAAGGGAAAAAAUGUAGGCAAUUUCUUAACUAGUCGUCGCCGCCCGUAACUUGGUGUUGUAUUUUUGAAAAAUGCUCAAUUUGUAAUUCCUCAUCACAGGGUGACGUGCACGACAAAACCUCAAAAUAUAAUUGCGCACUAUUUAACCACCAAAAUCGGUUAUACAAUAUAUUAUAUACAAUAAUUAAUAAUAUAAGUAUAAGAUUCUCAUUGGUGACGUCUCAGCCCCUUAUCUCAGACAACACAAGUGUACCUGCCUUUGAACGGUGCGGCGAUGGUAUGAUGCAUGUACAGCGCUUGCGCUUGCCGCGACGUGUCCUUAUAAUAACACUUACACUGUGCUCUGAUAAUAAUAAAUUAUGUACACACGUACUUCGCACAUGUAAUGUUGCAGUCAUUCUGUGACGCGGGACGUUUCCUCAACGAGGACCGUCGGCCACUGUAAAUGUCCGUUAUCUGCGGUGAUGAACUAUUUUUUUCAAUUCUUAUAUCCAUUUAGCUUAAGUAGGUAUAUAUUCGUAAAAGUAGACGAGUGUAACUGCGGACAAUCAUCGCUAUCAAACCUAACGCCCGGACGGAUUAUGUGGCACAAAGACGACGAACUCCAUCGGCCGCGGCCACGUUGGUCGAAUCAUUACUGUACACGAAUUCAGCACCAUCUACACCAUUACGAAAAUAAUGGAAUUGAAACUCACACGUCGGCAAAUGGUUUUAUCGAUAUUGACCAUCAUCAAGAUCACAUAUAUUAUCCAUUUUCCUAUGUUAUGGUCAAUGAUGACGUUCAAGAACAAGAACACCAUCAUUAUACAUUUCCUCAAAUGUUGAUAAGCCGUCCACCACCUCCACCAACACCAGAACCAUCAUCUAUACCAUCUUUGAUGUUAUCGUCACCACCUCUGCCGGACUCUUAUUAUGUUCACCAGCCAUUUACCCCCACGAUACAGCAAUCUCAACAGCCAUCUCUUCCACCACCAGUACUAGAAUCAUCACUCACAGUUGGCUGCAAUACCAUUCAGCAACAAUUCCAGCAACGUAUAAAUUAUUAUGACUAUAGUGAAAGGAACUCCGAGGAAUCGGCCACCAAAAUGAUAAAAAAUGAUUCACCUUCGACAUGUUUAAGUCGAUUGCAUCUAGGAGAAAGAACCAUUGACAACAGUAUGAAGUCAACUGUCAUCUUUGAUAAAAACACGCAUCGACAACAAACAUCAAAUAAUAAUAGAUUAUCAGAACAAGCAAACAAAAUCAAAACACAGUUUGAAAUUACACUGGACAACGAUAAGGUAGUAGAUGUGUGCAAAAGGACUAUAUUGGCUGCUCUAAAUAAAGUCAUAGUUGACAAUUAUGAAUCUGCUUUGUACAAAUUACGUAAAACUAUUAGAAUAUUAGACGUAUUGGUGUUUAACGAAGGUGGCAGCAGGAUUGAUACUGCCAAAAUCAAUACUGUAGGGCCAUGGUUGGAAACAUUAAAAGAUAUGGAACAUAGAAUUACACAAAAUCAACAAAACCUACACAAUAAUGGCAAUCACGAUCCCGAUAAUAGAUCAAAAUCAAGAAGAGAAGACAGCUAUCACAACAAGCAACUAAGACAACUAACUAGUAAUAGGAGCAGUAGAAAUAAUAUCAUUAAUAAUGAAAACAGUGGUCAGUUAUAUCACUUUUGGUGGAAAUCAAACUUAAGACGUUAUCGAACUACGGGAAAGAUUGUUUUAGAACAACAUAGAUAUAAUACCAAUCCUCGUCGAUAUUACAGAAAUAAUUAAUAAUACCUACUUAUAAAUCAGGAUUUUUCAUUUUUGGGAUUUUAAUUUAAUAAUUAAUACAUCCAAGUGUCAACUAGUUCUGUAAUUCUAAAAAAAUAAAUAUUUAAGUUGUAUUUAAUAAAUUUAUAUUCAUUACAAAUCAUCAUUUUUAUCGUAA